AUGGGUCCCGAGACAGAUCUUGUGGCGCAACUUCGUGAUUAUGUGGCUCCUGCUUAUCGUGGUAGUAAGAUGUCAGUAUGGCACAAACUCCCCAUAACAAGAAGGUCAGCUGUAUUCAUUUUGCUCUUUUUGGGCAACAUGGGUGAGCUAAGAGUUCUCCUAACUAAAAGAUCAUCCAGACUAAGGAAUUUCCCGGGUCACGUAGCGUUACCAGGAGGAAAAGCCGACAAUGGACUUGAAUCGGAAUGGAUGGUGAGUCGAAGAGAGAUGCACGAAGAGAUUGGAUUGUCAUCCAAUGAUGAUGCUUUAGCAAAAUUGGGCAUUAGUAUUGAACACAUUACGUUAUUGCCUAGCUAUCUAUCACGUACUUUUUCUUGUGUGAGACCAUGUGUUGGGUUUAUGAAAUUUAGUAAUGAGGGCGAUGUUGAAACUACAAUUGCAUCUAAAUUGAAUCUCGUUUUGAAUCCAGGCGAGAGCUCUUCGAUAUUUUCAUGUCCAUUGAAGGAUUUUCUAUAUCCUGUUGUUGAUGAGCCGGCAAGAGAAGCAUUGGAACGUGUAUCUUACAAUAUGAAAUGGGGUGGUAUACCUUGGUCAUUACGUUCAUACACGUUUUUACAAAACAAUCCCAACGAGGUGGAAUGGUUAAAACAUAUAAAGGACUUAUCAGCACUGGAAGAUGAGGAAUUGGGAGAGGAGUUGGAUAUGUCUGACAAGGGAAGGAUUACACCACCUAACAUGACUCCACUUAGAUCUGCAUCUUCCUCGAGGUCAGCAUCUCCCAUGAGAAGUACAUCAUUACAGCCCAAAGAUCGGAAAGGGAAACAAGACUUGUCGUCAUGGGGCAGACUCGGAUCUCGAACGGACGAAGAGACCAAUGAGAAAAUAUACGAUGUUUGGGGUCUCACGGCAAACAUUCUUCAUGAUUUGAGCGAAAUCGUAUAUGCUAGAGACAGAGUUGGUAAAAGACAGAUUGGAGAGGAGGAAAUGAUUUACUGUCUUUAUGAAUUUGGCCACCUUAUGCAACAAAAGGAAAGAAGUGAUGCUGAAGUUAAAUUGAUCCACUCGUCAAACUCACCUGCUUCGAGUGAAUCUGCAUUUGGAUUCAAUCUGAUUUUGCCCGAGGAAGAGUUCAGUAGAUUGAAAAAGUUGUAUAAAUUAUAA